AUGGUAAACGCCCGAGAAUGGUUGGAAAAAGAAUAUCCUCUAGAAAAAAGAGUGGAAAUCACUGAUUUAAAAAUUAGAAGCAAAGAUUUAAGUAAUUGUUACGAAUUAACUUACAUAGAAUGUCAAGGCAAUCUAUUAACUAAUACCGAUUUUUUGGCAGCUUUGCCAAGUGCGCCCAAGUUAAUUUCUUUAUAUAUAGGAGAAAAUGAUUUUGCCGAACAAGAUCUGAAUGAAGGAUUGAUUAAUCGCUUUCAGGGCAGUUUAAAGCAUUUACAAAACAUGAAAAACUUGAAAAAGCUGGGUAUAGGUAAUACUAAUGUUGAUUCAGGACUGGAAUGUCUGGCUGAAAAUAAUGAAAGAUUGAGAAACAAAGACAGCAAUCAAAAAAAGGAAAUAGAAAAAUUGUGCGGAGAGUUAAAAGUCAUUGGCGGAGAACUACUAACCAGAAAAAAGAAAGAAUUCGAGAAAUCAGCCAUUGCGGAAAAAAACCAAUUAGAUGAAGAUUGCCAAGAUUAUUUAGAAAUAUUUCUUAGUGCUCAAAAGGGAAGUAAUAUAGGUAAAUUAGCUAAAAAAAAUUUGCUUAAGAAAAUAGAGGAAAAGGAAUUAGAAGAACUAUUGGCUAAAAAACUAGAAAUCAAUAAAUUAGAAAGUCGCUUAAACA